UUCAGCCUUUUGGCUUCCUCUUCCCUCGUGGCUGGCCACGCUGCUAUCAUCGGCGCUACCGGUGAUGCAGGCGGUAACGGUACUGCCAUCGGUGUUGACCCCAACACUCCUCGUGACGGUACCAACCGAAACCCCUUCCAACAGGACGCCACCCGUUUCCGUGGCGAUGCCGCAGACACCUGCGGUGAGACACUCGGCGGAGGUGACAACGACAUCCAGGCCGGUACCGCUAAAGUCAUGGCCCUCAGCGGCGCCACUCUUCCUCAGGUCUCUGCUGGCGGCCAAGUUAUGAUGACAGUCCACCAAGUCAACUCUGACGGCGCCGGUCCUUACACCUGCAUGGUUGACGCAACUGGCACCGGUACCAACUGGCAAGCCGCUACCGUCACCACCAACCUUCCCGGUAACGACCGUGGCCGUAACCGCGACACUCAGAUGCAGGAUCUUCCCCUCACUGUCUCCAUGCCCGCUGGCAUGACUUGCACGGGUACUGUCGCUGGCCAGAGCAACGUCUGCAUGGUCCGUUGCCAGAACCCCGCUCGUGCCGGUCCUUUCGGUGGCUGUGUUCCUGUUCAGAUGGCUGGUGCCGCUGCGGCUGCUCCUGCUGCUGGUACCGCGCCCGCUGCUGGUACUGCUCCUGCUGCUGGUGCCGCCGCUCCCGCUACCUCUGGAACUGCUGCUGCUCCCGCCGCCGGUGCUGCUGGUGCUGCUGCU